UGUACAUUUAUAAAUGAAAGUGAUGACAUAAAUAAUAAAAUGGAAUCUUUCACAGUUCCAAAUUUAUCAAAUAAUCCUUCGAAAACUGAUCUUCCACACAAUGAAAAUGAACUGUCAGAGGAAACCAAACAGAAAGAGUCAGAAUUAUGUUCUCUCACGCCUAGAACUUACAAUGUUCCACAGAGCAUGCAUACUCGUUCAAAUUCAUUGUCUCCAAAAAAUCCAACAGAGAACACAGUCUGUAAAGAAGAGCAUAAUCAUAAUUGGCAGCACCCAUAUCAAAAACAUUUAACAGAAUAUUCUACAAAAUUAGUGGAGAACAUUGAAGACUCUAAAGAUACUUUGGAACAGUUACUUCUAGACAAUCAGAAUGAAUACUUGCUCAGAGAAUUAGCUUCUGCAAGGGAUGCUUUGAGAUUGAAUAUAUCUGAGAGUAGAUCUACAGAUAAGGGUAAAGUGAAGAAUGAGAAGAAAGAGAAAGGAGUGUCUUCAGCGUUGGCAAGCAAGAGAGGUUCUCUGUCCAAGUUAGAUAACAUGGUUUCGUUGAAAAUUAAAAAGAAAAAAAAGAAAGUACACUCAUCCAAUUCAAGAAGUACCGUCACCACGAGAGAUACAAAUUACAUGGGAAAGAAGGAGCCAAAGAAACGAAAACAAAAAAAUACUCUGACUAAUCGUCAUACGUACAAGCCUAAUCAGACAUCCAAUGAGGUAGUGGAAAUUUAUCAUAAUAAAGCAGUGAAGGGUGCUAGUGCCUCUGCUAUUCCUAGCAAACAUUCGAAACUUGAUCAUCGUAUGAACUAUAUCAACAUAUUAACAUCUUCGGCUAUGAAUAAACAGCAAGUUGCUAAAGCCAAAUGCGAAGAAAACAAUUACCAACAUGGUCGCGAGCUAGAUGUAAAUAAUGUACAAAAUUCUCAAAAGCAACAGGACCACUCUAAACAAAAGACAGAGGGAAGAAAUACUAAUACUAAUGAUGCAAAUUAUAAUUUAGAGGUUUCGUCCGCUCCUCUGCCUCCCGUGGAUAAAUGCAAUUCAUACAAAUGCCAGCACGCGGUAAUGCAAGCAUCCUACUGUGACCCUAUAGUUACUCAUAAUUACGAAAUGCCAACUUUAUCUUCAAAAUUGAAAAGAGUGGAUCGUGCAUAUUUCGCAAGAUUCCACUUUCGUAACAUACCCUUUGUAGUGGGCAAUUCUAUGGCCACUAGCCAUAAUUUAGGUUUGAACAUUCAAGAAGUGUGUAAAGUUUUAAGCGUAAUGAAAACAAAGCAGCCCGUUGCACCUGGCAUUACUCCACUUCUUAUUCGCAAAAUUAGCAGAGGAAUGAGACCUCCGACUUUUCUAGUAGACCAGAUGAAUCAUAAUCAUAGGUGCAAAAUGUCUCAUAUGAGCAAUCCACAAAUACAAAAUAUGCACAUGCAUAGUUUCCUACAGAACGCAAAUAUGUGUUGGAAUGAUAAGAGAGUAGACAAUUAUAAUUUGAAUCCAACUAUAGAACAGUAUCAGAAUCUAGAAGAGAAUACAAACAAGUUCCAAAACCUUCAAAAGAAAAACGAUACUAGAUCGGACAAUCAAUUGCACACGACACUCAAUAUGACACAAAUGUUACACGCGGGAGACAAUAAGAUGUUAAAGUUAUUUGCCUCCCAACAAAAUGUAAAAGCACACCUUGAGGGACCGGAUAUACAAUCAAAAAUUUAUCAGGGAGUUAUAUCUGAUAAACAUAUUACUGAUACCUCGUCGAUAAGCCAGUCUCAAGAUUCGAAAGGAAUCCGAGAAGUUUUAAUCAAUCUUCACGAUCAAUUUGAAGAGAUGAACGCAAAAUAUGAAAAACUACAAGAGAAAGCGAAAACGUGUAGUGACAAAGAUUUGGAGGAAAAGAUACAGAAUUUAGAGAAAGAUUUAGCUGCCAAAGAAGAUGAAAUAAAUGCCGUUGUUAAUUUAUAUAAGGAGGUAAUGUCGCUAAAACAGCAAAUGAGGAUGUUACAAGAGAAGAAUGGUUACGUUUGCAUAUCGACGGAAAUCCCAUUGGCAUCAAAUAAAUUCUAUACCCAAAUGCCAUUUGCGCAAAGCAAAUCUUGUGGCUCGGCUUUUACCCAUAGAUGUGGUCAUAGAAAAGGAAGUAGCGUAAUUACAAAUAGAGAACCCACAUCGUACCGUUUGGCCGGACUCCUACGACAAAUUCAAACGUUUCAAAAGCAAUUGACACUAUCAUGGUAACGGUACCUCACGAUGCGCCGAAUUUAUUUCUUACACGAUCAUUGUUUGAACUACUUCUCCAUACAAUGAGAAAAUAAACGAAAAUUGUGUAAAAAAAAGGGAAACAAAUUCGAAGAUAAAUAAAAUUUGUAAUAUUUUUUAACUAUAUACGAUUAAUAGAAUGCUCAACUGAA